GGGCCUCUCCUUUAAGAGGGCGGGGCCACUGUUAUGGCGGCGGCUUCGAAUGCCGCCCCGGGCGCACGCCCUUAAUCGCUGGGCGACUCUCUCAGCUUCGGCGUGGUCUUAACGAGGCUUCUCUCAGACCCUGCUUCGGGUGGACGGUCGGCCGCACACAUCUGGGUCGACUUGGAGGUUGAACCCCUUGAGUCGGAUUCGGCCGGGCCAAGCCACCCGCCCGAGCUGGGCCGUCGCUAUGACCUGUAGUUUUCGGAAGCUGUUUGCUGUGGAAGAGGAGUUUGAAGAUGAGGACUUCUUAUCUGCUGUGGAGAAUGCAGAGAACCACUUCGCUGGUGCAUUGCCUGGGAAUGCUGGGCACCCGACACCUGUUUCUUCCAGACCACCCGAGACUCUGCAGGCACGAUCCUCAAGACCCUUGCCACCACACCCCACUUCUUCGAGCCGGGCAGGCCCAGGACUCUGUCUCCCUACUCCCAGCAUACCCCAGACUGUCAGGGAUCCACUUUGUUCAGGAGCAGUGUCCCUAAGACCCGUCUCGGUCUCUAGCAGCAGCAUGGGCAAUCAGCAAAGAACAACUCUAAGAAAAGUGCUCCAGGAGUCACUGGGACCCCAGGCCUCAGCCGCACACUCUGGCCUUAUCUUUGGGAGCCAUCAGCAGGGCUUUGGUGGCUUUGAGGCACCCGACCAAGAUGAGUUUGACAAGGCCUUGGCAAGCAUGGAGCUGGAGGGAGAUGGCUUGGAGCCAGAACUUGGAGUUGACGGUGGAGCCACGCAUAUCCUACCUGCUCAGCACCAUGAGGAACCACAACUGGCAAAAAAGGCCAGAGUGGCCGACCUGAGUGGAUCUUUCCAGAAGGGGCCUAUUAUCCGCUGCAGGAAUCCAGGGCCUUCCUUGAGACCUCCAGCCGCAGGCAGCCUUCCUCUCCCAUCUGCCUCAGCAGUUUCCACUUCCCAUCGAAGAGACUCCCCUUUUCCUGCACCUCAGCCUCACCAAGUAGCUGGGAGACCCAUUCAAAACAGCCCACAGCAUUGUUCGCCUGGUCAGCCAUUUCAGUCUCCCAGAGCUUGGUCAAAGGGCACACCCCGUUUUCCUGGACUUGGACGUCCUCACUGCAGCCCUACAGCGUUUCCUCGGGGACCCUCGCCAUCCCGAGCCCCCAUGUCUUCAGUUGACUCUCCUGUCAGCACCCCGAGAGUUGCUCAGCCAGCUCUGCAGACACCUGUGGUCACCAACCACCUGGUUCAACUGGUCACUGCUACCAACCGGACACCCCAGCAGCCCUCCCGCUCCUCCGUUCGAGCUAAAACCCGCCGCUUCCCUGGCCCUGCAGGACUUCUACCUCACCAGCAGAGCGGGAAGAAUUUGGAGGAGAUCAUGGUUUCCACACCCCAGACUCCGACUCAUGGUGCCCUGGCUAAACUCCAGACUGAGAAUGUUGCUAGUUCCCAGGGAUCGGUGGAAGAAGAUUUUGGGCGAGGGCCCUGGCUCACCAUGAAAUCUGCUCUGGGCCUGGAUGAGCAAGACCCCACCUGCUUCCUCUCUACCUACAGUAUUGUCAUGGUGCUGCGCAAGGCAGCCCUCAGGCAGCUCCCCAGGAACAAGGUCCCCAACAUGGCAGUGAUGAUCAAGUCCCUGACUCGGAGCACAAUGGAUGCCAGCGUGGUUUUUAAGGACCCCACAGGAGAGAUGCUUGGGACAGUUCACAGGGUGCUUCUGGAGACACACCAGAGUGAGCUGAAGCCUGGCUCGGUGCUGUUGCUGAAGCAGAUUGGAGUAUUCUCUCCUUCACUCAGAAACCAUUACCUCAACGUGACACCCAACAACCUGGUCCAUAUUUACAGUCUAGAUUCUGGGGACGGGGACUUCCUCAAGGCACCUCAGCCCUCGCCCAAGGAUCUAGGAAGCUUCCAUGGAAACCUCCAGCCUGAUGUGGCUGCAGAGCCCACACCGGGCCUCAGAACAGCCCAGAACUCAGCAGUGUCUCCUGAGGAAGAGCUCCCAGAGGCAGAUGACCUGGAUGGACUUCUGAGUGAGCUCCCCGAGGACUUCUUCUGUGAUCCCAGUGGGGACUGCCUCGAGACAGGACAUCCACCUUGAGCUGGCAGUCUCUGCCCCCAGACAAGCUCUAGGUGCAUCUGGUCACAUCCAGGGGAGAGGAAGCCAGUGCAGCUGGAGACAAGACAAGCUCCUGGUCUGACGCCUCCUCGUGGCCACCCUGAAACCCCCGAGUGACGACCCCACAGUGUGCUGCUGUGGCCUGACAGCUUCCUCUGCUAUGGGACAUGGGAGCAAGGCUAGCUCUGCAGCCUCUCUGGGAGCCCUGUGGACCAUCGUCCUCCGGCCGACAGGAAAGUGUGACCUCCACCUCAUCUGAACUUCAGAGAUGUUGGGCCUGGUUUCCUUGUCCCUUUGUUUCUCGGUCCCCUGACAGCCGAGGAGCCCAGAGGAGCCACAGCCACAGCAAAGGUGACCUAAGGCUAUCACCAGUGAGCCCUCGAGGGGGAUGGUGGAGUACAGGCUCUUGUACCUGGUUCUGAAAUAAAGCAGCCCCUCCUCA